UUUAUACCGUUACAAAGGGGGAAACAAAGUCACCGGGCCACCAAGCAAAUGCCCGGUAUGCCCGAUGGCCAGUCCAGCUAUGGUCGUGCCAUCAGUUAACCCUUUGCGUGCCAACUGUGGCACCAAGAGAAGAUAACACCAUUAUCUUCUCUUGUUCUUAACCUUUACAUAAUUCAACAUUUGAAUGUUCAGAUAGGCUUGUGGGGCUGCUUACUGGGGGUUGGUCUAAUUUUUCCUUUAAAAAUCUUCCUCCUGACUGUUCAUUGCACUGGCACCUACAACCAGAACACACUGGGAGAACAACGGAGGACGGCAACAGUGUCCAUCUGACAUCAUUCACUACAGGUCUCUUCUUCCUUUUGGGCAGCAGCUGUGAAGAUGGCUGCUUCUUACUGGGUUAUUGUAGCCGUCGUUCUUUUGAUGACUGUUACAAACGGUGCGACUGCUAUUGAGACACACCAGCUCGCACCAAUUGUUCAAGACAUUCUGAACAGGUACACACCAAGCUACGGUGCAGAUGGCAACAGACAGUUUCCCAUGUUCAGUGUGGCUGUGAGCGUCCCACGCAAUAAAGACAAGUUUGAUAUGAACAAAGUCACUGAUGAUGAUGGUGAAGCUGUGAAGACGAAGAUUCUAAACUGUGACGUAUACAUAGGUAACAGAGUGGUGGCAGCCACAGUGCUGAGAUGGCCUAAUGUUCGAUAUCAGUGUCCUAAAGAACUUGUACAGUGGUCUGUCCCAAAAAAAUGUAAUGGAAAGGAGAUAAAGACAUGGGCUGAUAUUGCAGCAUCUUGUGAUGAAGAAUAUAUUAAAAAUAAUCUGUAUCCUCAGGCUGCUCAUGCUGAGUUCCGAACCCUGAACUAUUUCAAAGAAAACGACAAAAUUAGGAAAAACUCCAAAGAUGAUCUGAUGGUUUUCUACGCCCAUGACUCCCCAUGUGAUGAAACAUGUACCAACCCAGGCAACGAUCGGAAUAUUCUCAGUAAAAUACCAGCGAUAACGAACUGGAAGAAUUAUGUUGUUGUGUUUUCAGAUGUAUUUAAACCUGAUAAUAAUAAUCCUAAUCGUGUGAAUGAACUGCGUGGAUCACUUGAGAGGCUUGGGUAUGCAAUCGCAGAAAAAGGGACAAAGGAGGAAGAUAAAAGGUCAAAUGGUCUAAAGCAUAUAUUCCGAUGCUACAGGCAGCAAAAUAUGGAUGAAAUGAAGUGUCUUAUCUGCAAUACCAAUGGUGCUGUUGCACAUAAAUGUAUUUCAAAUGUUUAGCAACCAAGGGGAGAAAGAGAAUAAGAAUAAGAGGAAGGGUAACAUCCAGAGAGGAGUGAUGAGACAAAAUCAUCAGAAUUAACCAGAAGAGGGAAAAAGAAAAACAGAAAAUGUAACCCGUGCUUUGCAUCGUUUUCCUGCAUCCAUGUCUAACUUUAAAUGUGUGUGUUCGUCACAGCGAGAUUAACAUGUGCUCCUGAAAUCACAGCUGCAUCGUGCACUCUGGUCAUUCUGGUCCACGAUACUGUCGGCGCCUCUGAUUGUGUGAACUGAAACA